GGAGCCGGUGGGAGGAGGGGGGGUGAAAGCAGCUCCAUAGCUUUCCCUUGUCAGUAGAGCGGCGGCGGCGGUGCUAUCAAGGCGGGUUCGUCGUCUCCGCGGAGCCUUCGCUCCUUCUCGCCGUCCCGGGAGGGCAGCUCCGGAAUGGGGCUCGGCGGCGGCGACUUCUUCUCCGCUAGCAGCCUCGCCGGCCGUGACCGCCCAGGAAGCCGUUAGUUAUUAUUAUUUGUUUGCUGUGGCGCCGGUGUCGCUCCGCCCUUCACCGCACUGAGCUAACACUAGAAGAAACUGCGGAAGUUCUUGAAACCUAAUUUCUGGAGUGCCCACAAGAGACCAUCAAAAUGUCAGGAGCUUCUGUAAAAGUUGCUGUUCGGGUUAGACCUUUUAAUUCCCGAGAGACCAGCAAAGAGUCCAAAUGCAUCAUCCAAAUGCAAGGCAAUUCAACCAGUAUCCUGAAUCCAAAGAAUCCUAAAGAAGCGCCAAAAUCCUUCAGCUUUGACUACUCGUACUGGUCCCAUACCUCGUCUGAGGAUCCUUGCUUCGCCUCUCAAAAUCGUGUCUACAAUGACAUCGGGAAAGAAAUGCUGCUCCAUGCUUUUGAAGGCUACAACGUCUGUAUCUUUGCAUAUGGCCAAACCGGAGCCGGAAAAUCUUACACCAUGAUGGGGAAACAGGAGGAGAACCAGGCAGGGAUCAUCCCACAGCUUUGCGAAGAGCUUUUUGAGAUGAUCAACGACAACAGCAACGAGGAAAUUUCUUACUCCGUGGAGGUCAGUUACAUGGAGAUCUACUGCGAGAGAGUUCGAGACUUGCUAAACCCCAAAAACAAAGGGAAUUUGCGGGUCCGGGAACACCCACUGCUCGGGCCUUAUGUGGAAGAUCUGUCCAAGCUUGCUGUCACUUCUUACACCGAUAUCGCAGACCUCAUGGAUGCUGGGAAUAAAGCAAGGACGGUAGCGGCCACCAACAUGAACGAGACUAGCAGUCGCUCUCAUGCUGUCUUCACCAUAGUUUUCACUCAGAAGAAGCACGAUGCUGAAACCAACCUUUCCACCGAGAAGGUGAGCAAAAUCAGUCUGGUGGACCUCGCCGGGAGUGAGAGAGCUGAUUCUACUGGUGCCAAAGGGACUCGAUUAAAGGAAGGAGCAAAUAUCAACAAGUCCCUCACCACACUGGGGAAGGUGAUUUCAGCCUUGGCGGAAGUGAGUAAGAAGAAAAAGAAAACGGACUUCAUUCCCUACAGGGAUUCUGUGCUGACGUGGCUACUUCGGGAAAACCUAGGUGGCAACUCCAGAACGGCUAUGGUGGCUGCUUUGAGCCCAGCAGACAUCAACUAUGAUGAAACAUUAAGCACAUUAAGAUACGCCGAUCGGGCCAAGCAGAUCAAAUGCAACGCAGUGAUCAAUGAGGAUCCCAACGCCAAGCUGGUGCGGGAACUGAAGGAAGAAGUCACCCGGCUGAAAGAUCUACUUCGCGCUCAAGGGCUUGGAGACAUCAUUGACACAUCCAUGGGCUCGCUCACCGCAUCUCCAUCUUCCUGCUCUCUCAGUAGUCAGGUGGGCUUAACGGCCGUCUCCAGUAUCCAAGAACGGAUCAUGUCCACGCCCGGAGGAGAGGAAGCCAUUGAACGUCUGAAGGAAUCGGAGAAAAUCAUUGCAGAGUUGAAUGAAACCUGGGAGGAGAAAUUGAGGAAGACUGAAGCAAUCAGGAUGGAGAGAGAAGCUCUUUUAGCUGAGAUGGGAGUCGCCAUCCGAGAAGACGGAGGCACCCUUGGUGUCUUCUCACCGAAAAAGACCCCUCAUCUUGUCAACCUGAAUGAGGACCCCCUGAUGUCUGAGUGCCUGCUUUAUUACAUCAAAGAUGGCAUAACUCGGGUUGGUCAGGCGGAUGCUGAACGACGCCAAGACAUCGUCCUGAGUGGGGCUCAUAUCAAAGAGGAGCACUGCAUUUUCCGAAGCGAGAGGAACCCCAACGGCAGCGUGAUUGUCAUCCUGGAACCGUGUGAGUGCUCAGAAACCUACGUCAACGGCAAAAGGGUGAUCCAGCCAGUACAGCUGCGUUCAGGAAAUCGCAUUAUUAUGGGCAAAAACCACGUCUUCCGCUUCAACCACCCUGAGCAGGCGAGGGCUGAAAGAGAGAAGACGCCCUCGGCUGAGACUCCCUCCGAACCAGUCGACUGGACUUUUGCCCAGAGAGAAUUGCUGGAGAAGCAGGGAAUUGAUAUGAAGCAGGAGAUGGAGAAAAGGCUUCAAGAGAUGGAGAUUCUGUACAAGAAGGAGAAAGAAGAAGCCGACCUCUUACUGGAGCAGCAGAGGCUGGACUACGAAAGCAAACUCCAGGCCUUGCAGAAGCAGGUCGAGACUCGCUCCUUAGCUGCCGAGACUACGGAGGAAGAGGAGGAGGAAGAGGAAGAGGAGGUGCCUUGGACUCAGCACGAGUACGACCUUGCCCAGUGGGCUUUCCGCAAAUGGAAAUUCCACCAGUUUACUUCUUUAAGAGAUCAGCUGUGGGGCAAUGCAGUCUACCUGAAGGAAGGCAAUGCCAUUAGUGUGGAGCUGAAAAAGAAGGUACAAUUCCAGUUCGUUCUGCUGACCGACACACUCUACUCCCCGUUACCUCCGGAGCUGAUGCCCGCCGACUCAGACAAGCCCCAUGGCCAUUGCCCCUUCCCUCGCACGGUGGUGGCAGUAGAGGUCCAGGAUCUCAAGAAUGGCGCUACUCACUACUGGUCCCUGGAAAAACUCAGGCAGAGGCUGGAGCUGAUGAGGGAAAUGUACGACCGAGCUGGAGAGAUUGCCUCCGAUGCCCAGGAAGAGAACGAGAACACCAUGACGGGCAGUGACCCUUUCUACGACCGCUUCCAUUGGUUCAAGCUGGUUGGGAGCUCCCCCAUUUUCCACGGCUGUGUGAAUGAGCGCCUGGCUGACCGCACACCCUCCCCCACUUUCUCCACCGCCGAUUCCGAUAUCACGGAGCUGGCCGACGAGCAGCAGGACGAGAUGACGGAUUUCGACGACGAGGCCUUUGUGGACGACACGGGCUCCGACCUUGGCACCGAGGAGGGAUUGGACUGCUUCAGCGACGGCCAUGACCCGUUUUACGACCGCUCCCCUUGGUUCAUUUUGGUGGGAAGGGCAUUUGUAUAUUUAAGCAAUCUUCUCUAUCCAGUGCCCCUCAUCCACAGAGUGGCUGUUGUCAGCGAGAAGGGAGAAGUGCGUGGAUUUCUGCGUGUGGCAGUCCAAGCUAUAGCUGCCGAUGAAGAGGCCCCCGAUUAUGGCUCGGGCGUUCGGCAGUCUGGCACAGCCAAGAUCUCAUUUGAUAACGAGUAUUUCGACAAGAGCAACUUUUCAUCCGUGUCCGUGAUUCGUUCUGGACUGUCCUUGGAAGAACUGAGGAUCGUCGAGGGACAAGGCCAGAGCACGGAAGUCAGUACGCCCCCUGAAGAAAUCAACAGGAUGAACGAGCUGGACCUGAAAUCCAGCACCCUAUUGGAUGGCAAGAUGGCCAUGGAAGGCUUUACUGAGGAGGUUGGGGAACACCUGAAACUGGGCAGUGUCUUUACCUUCCGGGUGACAGUGCUCCAGGCCAAUGGGAUCCUCCCAGAAUAUGCAGAUAUCUUCUGCCAAUUCAACUUUCUCCACCGGCACGAUGAAGCUUUCUCCACCGAGCCUCUGAAAAAUAACGGCCGAGGGACCCCGCUUGGAUUUUAUCAUGUCCAAAACAUUUCCGUGGAAGUGACCGAGUCCUUUGUCGAAUACAUCAAGACCAAACCCAUUGUCUUUGAGGUCUUUGGACACUAUCAGCUCCACCCGCUCCACCUGCAGGGACAGGAACUCAACAGCCCUCCACAGCCAUCCCGGCGAUAUUUCCCACCACCCAUGCCUCUCUCAAAGCCAGUCCCAGCCACCAAACUCAACACGAUGAGUAAACCCAGCUUGGGACAGAGCAUGACCAAAUACGAUCUCCUGGUUUGGUUCGAGAUCAGCGAACUGGAGCCGACGGGAGAAUACAUCCCAGCUAUUGUUGACCACACUGGAGGCCUCACCUGCCAAGGGACAUUCUUGCUUCACCAGGGAAUACAGCGGAGGAUCACCAUUACCAUCAUCCAUGAGAAAGGCAAUGAGCUCCACUGGAAAGAUGUGCGAGAAUUGGUAGUUGGGCGCAUCCGGAACAAAGCCGAAGUGGACGAAACGGCUGUGGACGCCGUCUUAUCUCUCAACAUCAUCUCCGCCAAAUAUCUGAGGGUCUCUCACAGCUCCAACAGAACUUUCUACCGUUUUGAGGCUGUCUGGGACAGCUCCCUGCAUAACUCCCUUCUUUUGAACCGGGUGACCCCCUACGCGGAGAAGAUCUACAUGACCCUCUCGGCUUACUUGGAGCUGGAUCACUGCAUCCAACCAGCCGUCAUCACCAAGGACAUCUGCAUGGUCUUCUACUCGCGAGACGCCAAGAUUUCUCCCCCCCGCUCGCUGCGGAGUCUCUUUGGACGCGGCUAUUCUAAGUCCCCGGACUCCAACCGAGUAACCGGGAUCUACGAGCUGAGCUUGUGCAAAAUGGCUGACACCGGAAGCCCAGGAAUGCAGAGGAGGAGAAGGAAAGUCCUGGAUACUUCUGUGGCCUACGUCCGAGGGGAAGAGAACCUGGCAGGCUGGAGACCCCGAGGAGACAGCCUGAUCCUGGAGCACCAGUGGGAACUGGAGAAGCUGGAGCUGCUGCACGAGGUGGAGAAGACGCGUCACUUCCUGCUGUUGCGUGAGAAGCUGGGGGAUGGCCUCCCCAAGUCCCUGAGUGACUCACUCUCCCACAGCCUGAGUAGUAGCACCCUCAGCACCUCCACCAGCAUCUCCUCGCAGAUCUCCUCCACCACUUUUGAGAGCGCCAUCACCCCCAGCGAGAGCAGCGGCUACGACUCGGCUGACAUCGAGAGUCUCGUGGAGCGGGAGAAGGAGCUAGCUACCAAGUGCCUUCAGCUUCUUACUCAUUCUUUCAACCGCGAACUUAACCAGGUCUACAACAGCAUCAGUGAUUGUAAGCUCUCUGACAUCUCUCCCAUCGGGCGGGAUUCUUCGGUCUCCAGCUUCAGCAGUUCCACCCUCACCCCAUCCACCACCUGCCCCUCGCUGUCGGAUUCGAGGUACAACUCCGUGGAUCAGAAAACUCCUGAAGCAAAUUCUCGGGCCUCUAGUCCUGGCCUGGAGGCAGAACCAUUCCAGCUGACACCCCCUGCUGAAGUUUCUUAUUUGGCCAGGGCCGGGAAAAACGAGUUUUUGAACCUUGUUCCGGAUAUUGAGGAAAUCCGACCUGGGUCCGUGGUCUCCAAGAAAGGCUACCUUCACUUCAAGGAGCCACUCUCCCCUUCAUGGGCCAAACAUUUUGUGGUGGUGCGCCGCCCAUAUGUCUUCAUCUACAACAGCGACAAGGACCCAGUGGAGAGGGGCAUCAUCAACCUCUCCACGGCUCAGGUGGAGUACAGUGAGGAUCAGCAAGCCAUGGUGAAGACACCAAACACCUUUGCCGUCUGCACCAGACACCGUGGCGUCCUCCUUCAAGCCCUCAACGACAAAGACAUGAGCGACUGGCUGUACGCCUUCAACCCCCUUCUUGCCGGCACGAUACGGUCCAAACUUGCCCGAAGACUCUCCGGACAACUGAAGUACUGAAGUCCCACGGGAAUCCUCGCGCAAUUUUUAUUUCUCCCAAAUCCAUCUUUGGCUAUAAGAUAAAAACCUCCCUCUCCAUUUUCUCUGUGAUAUUUGAGUCGCUCCCUUCCCUUGUAUUUAACCCCCCCUCCCCCCUAUGGCUUAACUUGGCUCACUUCCAGCACUUUCCCCACAUUCUCUCCUCUCUUUCUCUCCCCACUCCUUUCC